GCCCUCGAAAGCCAACAGAUCAUACCUCUCCUAGCAAACUGCUGGGAGGGCAGCGGGAAAAGGGCAAGACGGCAGUAGGGAAAGGGAAGGAGCCAGAAAGCCGCGCGGGAGGGCGCGCACGCGCGCCCCUUUUUCAGCAGUGUGGCGGGGUCGCACACACGCCCGCCUCGGCGGCUGGGCGCAGUUUGCGACAGUGGGGGGAGCGGUGGAGGUGGCGGCGGCAGUGGCAGCUUUGCGGCAAGCUCCGGCCGGGCUUGCUUGACGGCGGUGUGGCGGAGGCCCCGCCCGAGGCGGCAGGAACCUGGAGGGAGGCGGAGGAAUAUGUCCGAGAGGGAAGUGUCGACAGCAGCGGCGGGAGCAGACAUGCCUGCGGCCAAAAAGCAGAAGCUGAGCAGCGACGAGAACAGCAACCCCGACCUCUCAGGAGACGAAAAUGAUGAUGCUGUCAGUAUAGAAAGUGGUACAAACACUGAACGCCCUGAUACACCUACAAAUACACCAAAUGCACCUGGAAGGAAAAGUUGGGGGAAGGGAAAAUGGAAGUCAAAGAAAUGCAAAUAUUCUUUCAAGUGUGUAAAUAGUCUCAAGGAAGAUCAUAACCAACCACUGUUUGGAGUUCAGUUUAACUGGCAUAGUAAAGAAGGAGAUCCAUUAGUGUUUGCAACUGUUGGAAGUAACAGAGUUACCUUAUAUGAAUGUCACUCACAAGGAGAAGUCCGGUUGUUGCAAUCCUAUGUGGAUGCUGAUGCUGAUGAAAACUUUUACACUUGUGCAUGGACAUAUGAUAGCAAUACCAGCCAUCCUCUGCUGGCAGUGGCUGGAUCUAGAGGCAUAAUUAGGAUAAUUAAUCCUAUAACAAUGCAGUGCAUAAAGCACUAUGUUGGCCAUGGAAAUGCUAUCAAUGAGCUGAAAUUCCACCCAAGAGACCCUAACCUCCUUCUGUCUGUAAGUAAAGAUCAUGCUUUACGAUUAUGGAAUAUCCAAACGGACACUUUGGUGGCAAUAUUUGGAGGUGUAGAAGGGCACAGAGAUGAAGUUCUAAGUGCUGAUUAUGAUCUUUUGGGUGAAAAAAUAAUGUCCUGUGGUAUGGAUCACUCUCUUAAACUUUGGAGGAUCAAUUCAAAGAGAAUGAUGAAUGCAAUUAAGGAAUCUUAUGAUUAUAACCCAAAUAAAACUAACAGGCCAUUUAUUUCUCAGAAAAUUCACUUUCCUGACUUUUCUACCAGAGAUAUACACAGGAAUUAUGUCGAUUGUGUGCGAUGGUUAGGUGAUUUGAUACUAUCCAAGAGUGGCCGUGCCAUUUUACAUUCUCACCAGAAAUGUAGGAGAGAUCCAGUUUCUCGGAGGCUUCGCCGGCAUUUGUCUUGUGAAAAUGCCAUUGUGUGCUGGAAACCUGGCAAAAUGGAAGAUGAUAUAGAUAAAAUUAAACCCAGUGAGUCUAAUGUGACUAUUCUUGGGCGAUUUGAUUACAGCCAGUGUGACAUUUGGUACAUGAGGUUUUCUAUGGAUUUCUGGCAAAAGAUGCUUGCAUUGGGCAAUCAAAUUGGCAAACUUUAUGUUUGGGAUUUAGAAGUAGAAGAUCCUCAUAAAGCCAAAUGCACAACACUAACUCAUCAGAAAUGUGUUGCUGCUAUUCGACAAACCAGUUUUAGCAGAGAUAGUAGCAUCCUUAUAGCUGUUUGUGAUGAUGCCAGUAUUUGGCGUUGGGAUCGACUUCGAUAAAUUACUUUUUCCUAUUUAAAAUUAGAGUUGUAUGUGUAUAAUAGAAUCUUUUUAAUGUAUCUUGUUAGUAAGCACACAUAGAGCAUUUAGAGUUGUCUUUCAGCAUUCAAUCAGGCUGAGCUGAAUGUAGUGAUGUUUACAUUGUUUACAUUCUUUGUACUGUCUUCCUGCUCAGACUUCACUGCUUUGAAUAAAAAAUUAUUUUUGUAAAGCUAUUUGUUAGUUUAUUUUCAUGGUGAUGAAAUGUUGAAAGUAAUAAAAUUAUGCCUUAUCUUUUUGUAA